AUGAGAUUUGAAAGCAACACCACCGUGAGCGAAUUCAUCUUAGUAGGUUUUCCUGGGAUUCAGAAAAUGAAAGCCCUUGCCUUCCUAACCAUACUGAUAACCUAUGUGCUGACAGUAUUUGGCAAUCUCAUGAUCAUAUUUUUAGUGUGGAAAGAUUACCGACUUCACACACCCAUGUACUGGCUCCUUUGUAACCUUUCCUUCUCAGGACUUUGCUUUACCUCCACCAUUGUCCCCAAAAUGAUGAUGAACAUCAUCACAGAGAUCAAAGUAAUUUCCUUCAUUGGUUGCAUGAUCCAAAUAUAUUUCUAUUUCUUCCUGGGAACUUCUGAUUACAUUCUAGUGGCUGUGAUGGCCUUUGAUCGCUAUGUGGCCAUCUGCAACCCGUUGCGUUAUUCCGUUAUUAUGAGUGGCUGGUUAACAUUCCAACUUGCUGUUGGAACUUGGCUUGGAGCAUUUCUGUCUGUCCUACCAUCAACCACUUUUGUAUGUCUUCUUCCAUUCUGUGGCCCAAAUGUAAUAAACCAUUACUUCUGUGAUAUUAUACCAGUACUAAAUCUAGCCUGCAAAGACACCACAUUCCUUGAGCAGUUGAGCUACGUAUCAACAGCAAUUAUAGUCUUGAGUUCUCUUUUAUUAACAUCAGUGUCCUACCUGUAUAUCAUCACCACCAUAUUGAGCAUCCCAUCUGUUACUGGACGGAAGAAGGCUUUUUCCACCUGUGUGGCCCAUAUCACAUUGGCUUCUGUCUUUUAUGGAUGUUCAAUUUUCAUGUACCUGCUACCAGAGAAAAUCCAUUCAUCAGGCUUCUAUAAAGCUGUAGCCCUUCUUCACACAGUGGUGACACCUUUACUUAAUCCAUUCAUCUAUACACUUCGGAAUGAGAAAGUGAAGGAAGUCUUGAAAGACACUCUGAAACAUAUCAACCAUCUUGCCAGAGGAAAGUAUUAA